AGGUUCAAAGAGCAGGAGUCUGUGGGGGUGUCCCAGCAUCUAACUAACACAGUCUUUGUGGACAGAGCUCUUAUAGUUGUGCCCUAUGCAGAAGGUUGGUACCUCCUAACAUUUGUCUUCCUUGUAGACACAUGCUGUUACCUAGCAGUAUGUUGUCGUUUUGAAUGAUAUGGUCUCCAUGAUCUGAUCCUCUGUUCUUUCACUGGUUGAAUACCAAUGACACCUAAUUGCUCAUGAUGCUGGCUCUAAUAACUGCACACCAGACUACUGAGCAGAUAUAUGAGCCCUGCAUUUACUGUUUAUUUACUGCAGCACAGCUGGAGUUUGGAACACAAUGGUAGCCUUGUGCACAGCCUACUGGACAGGCGUUUGAGCUGAAGCUUGCGCACUGACUUGUGCUUCAGAUGACACGUAUUGUGUAAAAUGGACAUUUCGAUCCAAGUUGAUGGAAGCAUGUUUUGCACUAAGAAUGUUGCACUUAAAUGAUCAGGUUUUCAAGCAGGCAUGUGCAGCUCCAGGCUUGGAAGAGCUCAGCCCUCACACAGUUUAGCAUUUCCUCUCUCUGCUUAAUUUGAGCUCCUUUUCAGGCCCUCAGAUUGGAGGAAAGGCUACACUGUAUUGUGCUUGGUUCUAACAAUGGUUGCUGCCUAUGUUUUAUGGUUUUCCAAAUUUAGGCCCAGUAUGUCCUUGAACUAGUUUAGGAAUUUUUAAAGUUUUGUAAUCGACAUUUUUGUGUAGUGGAGUGGAGGGUUAAAUCAUUCCGGAUCCUUUUGUUAAUAGCAUUACACAAAGUGUGUGGAUUGAAACGUUUGUAUUCACCACUGUUGUGUGUUGAAGCAUAUUUCAGUGUGCAGGCAUUAUCCUUCCUGUCCUCAGACCAGAUAUGUACCAUUCAGCUUUUCCUGUGUUUUUCCCCCACCUUAAAAGAAGCAGGGAAGGAGGAUAUGUGCUUCUCCCAAUCCUGACCGUGUAUUUUGCAUGAAAAGCAUGAAUACCUUCCCACCUUACUGGAUCAUGCAUUUGUCUUAAGGUGAUCCUGCAGUAUCCUUAUUCUCGUCCUUCACUGAUAGAAUGUCAAACUCUGGUUAAGGGCUUUGCCAAGUACCCAGAGGAAAGAAGAAAGACUAGAUCGUGAGUAAGGCUGAUUGAGACUCCCCUCUGUCUGGCAGAAAUGCCCCCUGCUGCAGACUGCUGGGACAGAAAAGCCUGAGAAAAAACAUGUAGAUGCAUAGCAGGAAGCAAAUAAAUACUUCAGUUCCACAACACUGGUCAUAAUUUCUUUUCAAUUCUUUAUUUUUUUAAAAUAUAGUUAUUUAUUUUUAGUUUCCUCCUGACCCUCCUAUCACUUCUUUUCCCCAUGGUAGACUGUCUCCUAUUAAAAUGUUCUCUUGUUGUUUGUUUGUGUGUGGUUUUUGUAGUGGAGAAGGCAAACGCAGAGCCCCCUCCCUGAAGGCUGAAAGUGGUCCUCUCCCUGCCAACAGGCGACUGUAGGCAAUUACAAAGCGCCAGCCGCCGCGCCUUAUGCCCCUCCCCUUCUUGUUUUUUUGCUUUUUCUGUCUUUACUCUCUCUCUGUUGUCUUUCUCUCUCCUCUGUCUUUCUCUCUCUCUCUUUCUAGGUGUAAUGUGUAACAAAAACAAACAAAAAAAAAAACAAAACAAAACCGAAGUGCACAGUUUGCCAACAUGCCAGUGUGCAUAAUGAUCCACUGAAACCUUAUAGCUCUCUGCCUACCUGUUUAUUUUUCUCAAUCUCAAUAUUUUAUCGUAACUUGUCACAAACGCUCAGAGGUGGUGACUCCAAAUGGACUGAUCCAGACAUGCACGUAUGAAAUAGUAAGAUCUUCUACGAUAUGGUAAUUCUGCUCUUAAAUGUACACAUUUGGUGGGGUAGGGUUCCCAGCAUUAACUUACUGAUGAGGACCUCAGAGAUCGAGUAGCCUAAUCCGCAUGGAUUAGUGUUUCACAGUAGUUAUGUGGUUUGUCAUUGGUGGGUUGGAAUCCACAUGAUAUGUGAGACGGGUGUGAUGUCCUCUCUUUAACAGUGGUCUCUUGUUUUGUUGUUGUGUUUUACAGUUCUUUUUCCUGGCACUGCCAGUCCUGUUUACCAGGCCCUGCCGAAAAUACCGCCCUGCAGUUUUGUCUCCUGCAGUCUUCUUUCUCAUGUGCUUGUUCUUGAUGCGUUUUAUUUUUCAAAUGUGUGCUCUUGUUAAGAUUUUGUUUUCUGCAAACACAACCAUGUAGAGUGCGAGCAACACUGGUGGAAAUGUGACGCGCCCCCACCACUCAAGUAUGUUUUAGGGCUUUUGUUGGGAGUGAAGUCCGAAGGCUUCGAUCCCUCUUUACUGUCUGUGUGUACGAGCACUUGUUUAGCACUUAGAUCUACAUGUGGUCAGAUUUAAUGCUCCUGUGCGACUUCAGGUAAGGACAGGUCCCCAGCAAAAGCCCAGCCAUCAAUCUACAUGCGAGACAUAACGUGUACUUGUAGCUCUGUCAGUUUGUUGUACUAUUCUGUGUAAACUCUGAAGCUUGUUACUGUUCAUCGCCACAAUCUCUGAAAGUGUUUUUGUGUUGUGUAUCUCGAUCUUUCUCUGUGUGCUUUUAGCGAAGCUGCCAACGUGAGUCGCUUGUUCAUAAAACGUCUAUAUGAAAAGUUGAAAGCACAUCCCCCUCCCCCGGAGAAGCCUCUGUGCUCGCUCACGUUUGGUUCAUGACUUAAGUAACACGCGUCCAGGUGUGAUCCCAGACGAGUCGAAAGCGCUGUCUCUGCUGGCUCCCGCGAACGCCGUCGCUGGCCUGCUUCCGGGGGGAGGUCUACUCCCGACACCCAACCCGCUCGCUUCGAUGGGAGGAGUUCCUUUAGGAGCACUGGGUGCACCUGCCAUGCUACCUGGAGCUGGCAUGAAUCCCCAGGGGCUUUCUGCUGACCAGCUACUGAAGUUAAUGACCUCAGUUGAUCCCAAAAUGAAUCCGAUGGCUGCAGGCAUGGGUCUGAAGGCAGACGCUUCCAGCAAGGAGAUUGAGGAGGCAAUGAAGAGAGUGCGAGAGGCCCAGUCCCUCAUCUCUGCUGCCAUCGAACCUGGCAAUAAAAAAGACAGCAAACGUAAGCAUUCCCGCUCCAGGUCCCGCUCUAGAUCGAGGCGGAGGAGGUCCCGCUCUCGCUCCAGGCACAGGAGGUCCGGCAGCAGGAACCGCAGACGCUCCCGCUCCCGCAGCCGGCGCCGCUCGCGCAGCCCCAGGAGGAGGCGCUCUCGUUCCAGAGACAGGAGCCGCCGCUCCACCAGCAAGUCCAGGGACAGGAAAAAAGAGGAAAAAGACAAAAAACGCUCCAAGACCCCUCCGAAGAGCUACAGCAGCGCCAGGAGAUCUAGAAGCACAAGCCGAAGGCGCAGGAGGAGCGUUAGCCGAUCUCCCCGAAGAUCUCCGAAAAAGAGGACCUCCAGGUCCCCGUCGCCAAGAAGACACAAAAAGGAGAAGAAGAGGGAUCGCGAGAGGGAGAAGGAACGGGAGCGGGACAGGCGCUCCGACAGGGACCGCAGCCGCGACGAGUCGGAACACUCCUCCAGCAAGAAGAAAAAGGGCAAAGACAAGGAAAGGGAGAGGAGAUCCGACAGCGAGAAACGGGACGUGAAGGUGACGCGAGACUAUGACGAGGAGGAGCAGGGCUACGACAGCGAGAAGGAGCGCGAGCUGAAGGACUCGGAAGAUUCCGGCGCGUCUCCUACACGGUACGUGGCCGACACCGACGGCAACGCCUCCAAGGCCAGCCCGAAACAGGCCAAGCAGAACGGUGAUGACCGCCACGACGAGCAGGACAUGGAAGUGAGCGACUGAGGGCCCCACCCCCCCGCGCGCCGGAAAUGACAUGAACUGUGCUCGGAACAAGGAAUAUAGUGAUUGCUUUUGCCGUCAUGGGUAUGUAUCUGAUAACCUCAGAAUUCAAUGUUGCUCCGUUUCCUUCUCCUUUGGCCCCUGUGCUGAUCUCAAGUGACUGGACCGGGUUAAAUAAUGGGCUUUGGAACCCGAGGUGCAGCCUGUGUUUUUUCCUCCCUCUCUGAGCCGUAUAUAAUUUGAUGUGCAUUUGCCUUUAAAAAAAAAAAAAAAAAAAAGAAGCAAAAAAAUAAAUAAAUAAAUAAAAAAACUAGAAAAAAGGAAGGAUAGUUUUGAGUGUUCAGCUAAGUGAUCAGCCAUCAUAAUUGUGUGCGUCCGUUUUAGUCUCCUGCUCACACGUCCUGCUUGUUUUAACUGUCCCAGUGACCGGCUCAGACAUGACAUGGGUGGCUCUUUUCUCAGCUCCCGUUUUCAUUUUCGCGGUCACUGUAAAUACUGUGCCUGAGGCAACGGCUGUAGUAUUAAAAUAGUGACCACAAGCAUGGUGAGGGGUGUGGGUUUGUUUGUCCUUUUUGUUUUUAUUUUGUUAGAGAACGCUUUUCCCUAGUUUCUUUGUUUUGAUACUAAUUCGGAACAAUUGUCAUUUUAGGUAGACUGGGUUGAUGUAUAUGAUUAGUGCUUUAUAUUCCUAGAUAUCAUAUCCAGUAGUUGGCCAUCCUGGAGUUUGCAAGUGUUGGAAAAAUUUUUAUACUGUAAAUAAACUCAAUUGAGUGGAAAAGA